UAAAGCUUCGUCUGUGAUUUUCCUGCCCCCUAGUUCCUCCGAGAAAAAGAGAGGUAUUUUUCAACCCAAGAUAUGGCCGGUGAGGUAGCGGUAGAGGGUGCUGCGGCGGCGACUGAAGUACCCGAUUCCAAUCAGCAGUCCCACAAAUUGGAGAGAAAAUGGACCUUUUGGUUUGAUAAUCAGUCGCGGCCGAAGCAAGGCGCCGCUUGGGGCUCCUCUCUGCGCAAGGUCUAUACCUUCGACACCGUCGAGGAAUUUUGGUGUUUGUACGAUCAGAUACCAAAGCCGAGCAAGUUGCCGGCCAAUGCAGAUUUUCACUUGUUCAAAUCUGGAGUUGAGCCGAAAUGGGAAGAUCCUGAGUGCGCUAAUGGAGGAAAAUGGACUGUCACGAGCAGUAGAAAGGCUAAUCUUGAUAGCAUGUGGCUGGAAACGUUGAUGGCUUUAAUUGGGGAACAAUUCGAGGAGUCUGAUGAGAUUUGUGGCGUAGUUGCCAGUGUGCGCCAGAGGCAGGACAAACUUGCAUUAUGGACAAAGAAUGCAACAAAUGAGGCUGCUCAGAUGAGCCUUGGUAGGAAAUGGAAGGAGAUCAUCGACGUCACCGACAAGAUUUCCUUCAGCUUUCAUGAGGACUUGAGGAGGGAAAAGUCGGCAAAAUCUCGAUACAGUGUCUGAUCAUCAACUAGAUCAUGUUGCCGUGCUAAAUUUUGAGGAAAAUACUAAAAAUGUUAUUUCGACAUACUUGUCAUUGUUAUAUUUCCUUCUUUUGUUGGCUUUGUUUUUGGAUCCAAGACAAUCGAUUCAGAUCUUCCAUGCUUUGAAUGCCCAGAAUUUUACUUCAAUUUAUAUGUUGGAACAUACCCAUCUAGAAGUGAAGCAAUAUACUGAAAUUAUUGUAUUGUA